GGGCUGAGGGUAAGUGCUCAGGGCAGGAGGCUGAAACCUUGGCUAUGGAGCAUCUUCCAGGCUGGACCACUGGGAUGUUCCUCUGCUGACCUGGUGGAAAACCCUGGCUGGAACUGAGCUCUGGAAAAACAAAGUGGAGCUUGGAGCAUGUGGCCUGAGGAUUGCCUUACACAGCCAGGGGUGGUAGCUGAGCAGUGAGCAGGAUGCCCCCAGGCAUUUACUGCCCUACGGAAUUUUGGUCCAAGGGGGAAAACCAGAACAUCCAGGUGGACUUUCUGCUGCCCACAGGAAUAUACUUAAACCUCUGUGUGCCCUGUAAUGCCAGCUUGGGCACCAUCAAGCAGGUGGUGUGGAAGCACGCCCAGUAUGAGCCCCUGUACCACAUGCUCAGUGACCCCGAGGCCUAUGUGUUCACCUGCAUCAACCAGACGGCCGAGCAGCAGGAGCUGGAGGACGAGCAGCGGCGGCUCUGCGACAUCCAGCCCUUCCUGCCCGUGCUGCGCCUCGUGGCCCGGGAAGGGGACAGGGUCAAGAAGGUCAUUAACUCCCAGAUCAGCCUGCUCAUUGGGAAAGGUUUGCACGAGUUCGACUCCGUUCAGGAUCCAGAGGUGAAUGAUUUCCGCACCAAAAUGUGCCAGUUCUGUGAGGAGAGAGCAGCAAAGAGGCAGCAGCUCAGCUGGGCAGCCUGGAUGGAGUACAACUUCCCCCUGCAGCUGGAGCCCAUGGCCAAGGGCUUUGGGACUGGCUCUCUACAAACCCCCACCAAGAACAUUUUCGUCAACAUCAAGUUCCAGUCUGGAGGGGAGAGCUUCACCUUCCAGAUCUCCCCGAAGGAGUUCCCCGUCACGCUGAUGAGCUAUGCCAUCAAGAAGCAGGCGACUGUGUUCCGCCACGAGACGGUGCAGAAGCCAGAGGAUUACACCCUGCAGGUGAACGGGAAGUGGGAAUAUCUCUACGGGAACUACCCCCUGUACCAGUUCCAGUACAUCCGCAGCUGCCUGCACCGAGGGCUGACCCCCCACCUGACCAUGGUCCACUGCUCUGCCAUCAUUGCCAUGAGGGAUGAGCAGACCAACUGCAUUGCCAGCCCCCCAAAGAUGGCUCCCAAGCCUCCCCCGCUCCCCAAGAAAAAGCCAAACUAUGGUUCUCUCUGGUCCUUAGAGCAGCCUUUCUACAUCGAGCUGGUGCAAGGCAGCAAGGUCAAUGCAGAUGAGAGGAUGAAGCUGGUGGUGCAGGCAGGGCUGUUCCACGGCAACGAGAUGCUGUGCAAGACAGUGUCCAGCUCAGAAGUGAACGUGUGCUCAGAGCCCGUGUGGAAGCAGAGGCUGGACUUCGACAUCAACAUCUGUGACCUUCCCCGCAUGGCCCGGCUCUGCUUCGCCCUCUACGCCGUCAUCGAGAAGGCCAAGAAGGCACGUUCCACCAAGAAGAAGUCCAAGAAAGCUGACUGUCCCAUCGCCUGGGUCAACGUCAUGCUCUUUGACUACAAGGACCAGCUGAAAACGGGGGAGUGCUGCCUGCACAUGUGGUCCUCCUUCCCAGACGAGAAAGGGGAACUUCUGAACCCCAUGGGCACAGUGCAAUGCAACCCCAACACUGAGAGUGCAGCAGCCUUGGUCAUCUGCUUCCCCAGCGUGGCAGCACAUCCCGUGUAUUACCCGUCCUUCGAGCAGCUGCUGGAGUUGGGGAGGAAUGGAGAACCACCCCGAGCUACACCAGAAGAUCCUGAGGAGAAGCUGCAGCUGAGGGAGAUCCUGGAGCGGAGGAGCCACACGGAGCUGUACGAGCACGAGAAGGACCUGGUGUGGAAGAUGAGGUACGACAUCCGCGACCAGUACCCACAGGCCCUGGCAAAGCUGCUCAUCAUCACCAAGUGGAACAAGCACGAGGAUGUUGCCCAGAUGAUUUCCCUGCUUCAGACCUGGCCAGAGCUGCCUGUCCUGAAUGCCUUGGAGCUGCUGGAUUUCAGCUUUCCCGACCGUUAUGUUGGUUCCUUUGCUAUCAACUCACUGAAGAAGCUGACAGAUCAUGAUGUGUUCCAAUACCUGCUGCAGCUCGUCCAGGUGCUCAAGUACGAAUCCUACUUAGACUGUGAAUUAACCAAGUUCCUGCUGGACAGGGCGUUAUCCAACCGCAAGAUCGGCCACUUCCUCUUCUGGCACCUGAGGUCAGAAAUGCACGUUCCUGCUGUUUCCCUGAGGUUUGGGCUGAUCCUGGAAGCUUAUUGCAGAGGCAGCACCCACCACAUGAAAGUUUUGAUGAAACAGGGAGAAGCACUCAACAAGAUGAAAGCUCUGAAUGACUUUGUUAAAGUGAGUUCUCAGAAGGCCACCAAGCCUCAAACCAAGGAGAUGAUGCAUGUGUGCAUGAAGCAGGAAACGUACCGUGAAGCACUUUCCCACCUCCAGUCCCCCCUGAACCCCAACAUUAUCCUCGCCGAAGUUUGUGUGGAUCAGUGCACCUUCAUGGACUCCAAAAUGAAACCUUUAUGGAUUGUGUUUAAUAAUGAAGAGACAGGUGGAGGUGGAGUGGGCAUUAUUUUUAAAAAUGGAGAUGACCUGCGUCAGGACAUGCUGACCCUGCAGAUGAUCCAGCUGAUGGACAUCCUGUGGAAGCAGGAGGGCCUGGACCUGAGGAUGACCCCUUAUGGCUGCCUCUCCACAGGAGACAAGACUGGGCUGAUUGAGGUGGUCAUGCACUCGGACACCAUCGCCAACAUCCAGCUGAACAAGAGUAACAUGGUGGCCACGGCAGCUUUCAACAAGGACGCGCUGCUGAACUGGCUCAAGUCCAAGAACCCCGGGGAUGCCUUAGACCAAGCCAUCGAGGAGUUCACCCUCUCCUGUGCCGGGUACUGCGUGGCCACGUACGUGCUGGGCAUCGGGGACCGGCACAGCGACAACAUCAUGAUCCGGGAGACAGGACAGCUGUUCCAUAUUGAUUUUGGUCACUUUUUGGGGAACUUCAAGACUAAAUUUGGUAUUAACAGAGAACGAGUUCCUUUCAUCUUAACCUACGACUUUGUGCAUGUCAUCCAGCAAGGAAAAACUAACAACAACGAGAAGUUUGAAAGGUUCAGGGGUUACUGUGAGAGAGCCUACAUGAUCCUGCGGCGCCACGGGCUCCUCUUCCUGCACCUCUUUGCACUGAUGAAAGCUGCUGGUCUGCCAGAGCUCAGCUGCUCCAAGGACAUCCAGUACCUAAAGGACUCCCUGGCUCUUGGGAAAACCGAUGAGGAGGCACUGAAGCACUUCAGGCUAAAGUUCAACGAAGCCCUGCGAGAGAGCUGGAAAACCAAAGUGAACUGGCUGGCACACAACGUGUCCAAGGACAACAGGCAGUAGAGCAGCAGAGCACAGCCCUGCUCCAGGGACACAACACCUGCUCUGAGCCCAGCCAGGCAGACAGGCUGGUAAGGAAAGACUGGUGGAAGUUGCAGAGUUGAAGAUCCCCCACCUGCAUUCCCAGACAUUGCUCCAUGACUGAAAAACUGCUGGCCUGUCCUCAGCCACACCCCCGUGGCUGCUGUAGAGCUUUGGGGGACAAGGGAGAGACGUGAGGCAAUAAAAUUACUGCGUGCAGUGAAAGGUAGGUAGAGGUGCUGUACCCUUAGAACUCAUUAAGCUUCAAAUACAUCUUCUAAUGGAAGAGUUGAGGCAGUUGUAACAUCCUUCUAGUGUGCUAAUGUCUGUAUUUAUAUUUUAUUGAGAAUUUAGCUGAACAGAGGACCUCCCCCCCCCAUCCCUGUAACCCAUCUUGCAGGUCACCACCAUUACAGCUCAGAGGCAUUAACUUCAGCACUGCCCUGUGUCACUGUCCACCAAGGGGGGAUCAGUUUAAAGAGCCCUGAAGCUGUCUUGGACAAAUGGUUUUACUCUGCAUUGUGACAGGAUAAAGAUACCCACACUGUCAUAUUGCUUUCUGUCUGCUCCAGAGGCCAAAGUGUUCUCAAACUUAGCUGGAACUCAGCUGUUGCUGGACAUAACUGAUGCCACAACAGCAGGUUCAGUGGCCACUGGAUCAGGUAGUUUCUUUGCUUUCCCAAGUCAGGCUUUAGUUGAGCCUCAAGCAAUUCCUGCAUUUAUUUUGGUUUUAAGCCUGAAAACAGUAAGACUGCAUUUUCCAAAUGGGCAUGGAAUGUUUGUGGCUCCAAGUGCCUCCUGCUGGGGUACAUUAGGAGCUGGUUUGCCACCUGGUCUCCCUGUACCAUGUGUGUGCAGGGCAGGGCCCCACACCUACACACUCA